AUGUGUAAUUGUGUGUGCACCCUCAAUUGUCAAAUCGCCUUUGCAAUAAGCGGUAUUCUGUCUGGCCUGAUAGCAGUCGUCUUUUUCGGUAGCUACUACGCCAACUUCAACGCAACAGCAUGGGGAGGCAUUUCCGGGGUGUUGGCCGCCGCAACUCUGGCUCUGCACCUAAAAUGGAAGAAUGACUCUCUUAGCCGCUACCGCAGCCACCUGCGCAAUGUCAUGCUGUUUGGCUGCGUAUCACAAUUGGCCGGUUUCUGCGCCAUGUCCACCUACCUGGCACUGGCGCUGGUUGAAGGACAAGGCCUGAAGCAGCUGUAUGGCGAGAACUACUGGAUCGCUCUUGUCUGGGGCUGGAUGACAUGGAAGUGGGGAUUCCAGAUUUUCUGGUUUGCCAGGAAGUACAAAGGGAAAUAUGAUGCGCAAGCACUUCUCAAAGCCGAUAACUCAGGUACAAGUCCACUUUAUACAUAG